AUGCUGUUGUUAGUAUUAAUUGUUCUCAUUCUUGGGCCAUGGCUUUACUUCAAACCCAAAUGGGGUAUCAUUGCAACAAUACUCUUGUUAAUAUACGGUGCUGGCAUUUUGACCGGUUCUUUGUUGAUGUUGGAUCCUGAAUAUGCAAUACCAUUUCUUUCACAAGCCACAGGAGUAGGCGAUGAAAAAAUGCGAGAACUUUUAGAAAAGAUGGCCUCAAAUAAUAAAAACCCUUAA